GUCACCCAGUCUGAAAUUUUCAAUCAAUAAUAUUCCUUCUGAUUUCAAAUAAAUGACAUAAUCUAGACCAACCGGCAUCGCGUAAAGCGGUUUCUAGAGUCGCAAUAUUGAUUAUCAAUAGGGCACAUAGAACAUGCCUAUCAUGGUUAAGAGCCACGUAUUGGAUUAUUACCGGUACCUUAUGUCUAUCGAUUGACUGUCUAUUUCAAGCAUUACUCUUCAGUCAUAAACUGUUAUAUUCCGAAGUGAUACGAACAAUGGCUGCAGAAUUAUCUGUAUUUACAGUGGAACAAUGUAGACGCGUUGAAUUAAGAAAGGAUGGACCUGCAGGCCAUAUAUAUGGUAUUACAGUGCUGACAAAAGGAGAUAUAAUUUUAAUAAACAGUGGGAUUGGAAGGCUCAACCUGCUGUCAACGGACUAUAAGGUUGUGGACCAUGUAAGCGUACCAGAGAUGCCAUUGGGCAUCUGUGCUGUGUCGGACAACCAGGUGGCUGUCUGCACUUCUCAAAAGAAGAUACUGUUUUUCGAUGUAGAAGACAGCAAACUUCUCAAGAUGGAGCGGGAAAUUGAACUGACCCAUGACUGCAACCAUGUGGCAUACAUGACAGAGCACCUGUAUAUAGCGUCCGAUUAUACAGUGUACCAGUACACACGGACUGGUCAGAGGGUAAGGGAGAUCUACACAGCAGAUGGAUUGGGUUGGAAUAGAGUUGCAGUGAGCCGUUCCAGACUUUACAUUACGAAUUAUAAUGAAAACAAACUGGUGACGGUGGACAUGGAGGGCCAAGUUCUCGCUACACUGGUUGAUACGGACCUUGAUCGCCCCACAGGUGUCUGUGUGUCCCCUAGUGGACAGGUGUUUGUUUGUGGCUAUAUUUCCAACACCAUCUUACAGGUGGACAGUCAGGGCCAACAAAAGUUGGCUACACUGGCCAACAAGAAUGAUGAUGUGUCCUGCCCACAAUCAAUGCACUUUGACAGUAGGACAUCAUCCCUUCUUGUUGGUCAAAACAAUACUGAUGAUCUUUUGGUGUUGAAACUUAAAUGGAAAAGAAAUCCUAUUACCAUUAAAUUAUCAUAGAACUAAAUGUUAACUAAACUGAUUUAAAUACCAGUAAGAAUCAUUGAUAAAAGGAAUUUUGUAAACUGAUAACUGUAUGGUAUUCAAUUUAUUUGUCAUCUGCUUAUCAUUUGUUAUCAGCUGUUUAGUGAUAUGUGAUACUAAUAGGAAAAACAUAUCGAAACUACUAUAUAUAACAUUUACGAUUGCAUUUCAAAUCUCAAAUUUCAAAGACCAAGAAUAUCAAAUGACUACGUCAUCACAAUAAAGCUAAUAGCGUCAAUUUGAAUGAAAUAGUUUAUGUUAAUUACAAAAAACGAGUAAUUUUAAGCGAAAGAACACUUGCUUAUUUGGUCAAGAUAGAGGGAGAUUUGGGGAGAUGGACAAAUUUCUGUGGAGAAGAUUUUUUCUUAUUGGACUAUAGAAAAAAACACUUUGGUAGAAACAUUGUCAUUGUUUGUGCUGUUACUUCUCUUUAAACGUAUUGAAGUGUAUUUGCCAUUUGCCAUUGUUUUCAGAUUCAAUAUUUUGCAUUCAAGAUAACUUUCGAUACAACUGCACCAACCAACCCUUUUUAUUUACAAUUAUUUGACCUGUAUUUGAAUUUAAUUUUGCAAUGCAUAUGAACUCAAGAAAUGAAAACAAGGCUUGUGAGGGUUUUUAUAUUUCACACAUUUAAGUAUAGGAGAGACAACGAGUGGACGUAUCUCUGGCAUAUAAAUCCGAACGUAGCGAGGGUAUAUAUGUCAUAGAUACGUCCACGAGGUGUCUAUCCGACUUAGAUCACGUGAACUAAAGCGAGGAGGUUUGGUUUCUUGUUCUUCAAUCUAAAGAUUCAUCGUUUCAAAGAUGUUCAGAUGUUAAAAUAAAGCUAACCAAAAAAGUGAUUUGGUAUGGCCUUACAAAUAAAUGCAUUUUAAAGUUUUAUUUGUAUUUUGUAAUAAGUUUCCCCAAGUUAAUGCAUACUUUGAUAAGAUUUACCUUUUGCGUUUUAUCUUUUUUAAGAAUUGUUUGGAUAAGAGUGAGGUUUUUGCCCAUAAACUGGUUUAAACCCCCAGUAAAUUUACAUUUUACUGACCGUUCCAAGGCGGUACAUAACAAUUCUUGAUAAACAUACCAAUUAUUUAUAUAUAUAUAGUAUUUAUGCACUGUGCUAUUUGUAGAGUCUUGUGCUGUUCUAUGUUUAUUGUUUGUGAUAUUGUGUUCUAUGUCUUUGGCGAUUGCCCAUUGCCACUAAACCGGGUUUAUGUUUAAACGUUUUGCUACUGAGCAUGUUUCUGUAGCUUUUUUGCAUAUAUAUUGUGAGGAAAAAUGUAAUUGUUUGGAUGUAUUAUUUGUCGUGAACGACUUGAAUAAGGGUUCUGAUAAACGUAUUACCUGUGUCAUAAUACUUUUCAUAUUACACUUUUAGACGGAAUUCACCACGAUCAAUAUAAUCAAUUUGCUACUGGCGCUGGAUCGUUUUUCAUUGUCCUCUUAUAUACCCGCUGUUUACAGUAUUAAGGUUUCAAUGAGACGAAACAGAUACCUUCUGAUGAACAGUCAAACCAUAACACUUGAAAACUGUCUAAAAUGUUCAUUAUCAGCAUAUAAAUAAAUCAAUACAAUUGAGGAAUGUGACCUGUACGUACUAUAAUGUUAAUCAUGAUAAUAGUAUAUAGCUUCAAAACUUUUUUGAAUAUAUAACUUAACCCUUAAAGCUAACAACAAAUUUUUAGCGACUUAAAUAGUGGAAAGACCAACUAAAAUAAUGUUAAGCUACUCUGGUUCCACUGAGUUCGCUUCUUUAUAUCCCGUUUUAGAUUUGUUCAAGUAUGAAAUAAUGUUUCCCGUUUGUUAAGUUUAUUUAAUGAUUAUUUUUAGACCAUGAAAGAAAUUUUAAAAAUAGGUGCCUGAUAAAUUACAUAUUAUUUUUUCUUGGCCUAUGAUUACAGUUUCAUGCUUAACUGUUCAUCAAAUGUGAUCCAUUUUGUCUCGAUGAAAUCGUGUUUUAGGAGUUGUAUAUAUACUUCUGAUGGUACAACGUGUAUAUGAGAAAUGGAGCAAUGAAAUAGCGAAUGCCGAUUGGUUGGAUAAGAGUGAGCGUGGUCUAAUGAUUGUAUUUAAAAUGUAUGUCGAUAAUAAUAUGCAGGAAAAUUAGUGUUUUAUGAAAUAUGGUAUCCAAUUUUCUCCGUUAUUUAUAUUUUUGUCGUUAAUGUACAUAUAUUGUCAUAAUUUAAGCAAUGUCUUACGAAGGAAUUUACGCUUUUUUAGUGAGUAUUGUUUCUUUAUUUGUUCUCUAGAUGUGUUUAUAAUAACCUUAACGAACUGUGUAUUUGUUGUAACAGUUUCAAAUAAAACCAAAACCAG